GCAAGGAGGCCCCGCCCCUCUCGGCGUCUGCCCCUUCUGCGCCGGCCUCAAGAUGGCCGCCUGCUGGCGUUCGCGGCGCUGUUGAAUGGCGAAAGCUUUAUUGUUCCCUUCGGGCAGGAGUGUUCGUGUCCUCUAUGGCGCUGUCAAUAAAGAACGGCAGUUUGAAUCGGUGCUGAACAGGGAGGCAGUGGCUUACAGUGUUGAAGAGUGGGGACCUUGGUGUCAGUUGCUUGAUUCUGAACGGCAUCCUGCCAUACACUGACGGUGAGACCCCUCGCUGUGCCGUUGUUUCUUACCUGUGAAAGGGGCGCUACGCAGACCCACCGCAUAGAGGUGUUGAAAGGGUUUCGUGACUUAAUAGAGGCCAAGCAUUGGGAAGUGUCUGACAUACAUUUCAGUGUGUGGUGCUGUGGCAAGAGAAAGGAAGAGAAGUCCUGUGGCAGAGACACUGUGAUGGAGCUCCCCAACUACAGCCGGCAGCUGCUGCAGCAGCUGUACACACUGUGCAAGGAGCAGCAGUUCUGUGACUGCACCAUUUCCAUCGGCACCAUUUACUUCAGGGCUCACAAGCUCGUCCUGGCUGCAGCCAGCCUCCUAUUCAAAACCUUGCUGGACAACACAGACACUAUCUCCAUUGACGCAGCUGUGGUGAGCCCCGAGGAGUUUGCCCUCUUGUUAGAAAUGAUGUACACUGGCAAGUUACCCGUGGGCAAACACAACUUCUCCAAAAUCAUCUCUUUAGCCGACAGCCUGCAGAUGUUUGAUGUGGCUGUUAGCUGUAAGAAUCUUCUGACCAGCCUUGUAAACUGCUCCGUGCAGGGUCAAGUGGUAAGGGACGUCUCUGUGCCAUCCUCUGAGUCAUGUAGGAGAGAAACAGAGAUACCUCAAAUAGAAGUGCUUUCCUCCGAAGGUGCUGCGGAGGCUUCUGCCACCUCCAUGGAGGCCUCUGUCACUUCGGGAGGUCCUGUGAAAGCCAAGGCCCAGCAAACAAUCCAGACGGGGACAGAAGAGAUGAGUGCAAGUCCUUCCACUGCCCAGGAAGUUCCAGGGGAUGCAGAAGCCCCAGUGGAGACUCCUCAGCCGGCUGAAGUUGGUUCCCCCUCAGCUGCUGGACAGACCUUGAGUGGAGCAAAGGGGCUGAGCACAGAACCAGAAUGUGAGAGGAAAUACUACCAUUUGAAUUUUCUUCUAGAAAAUAAAAAUGUUUUCUCAGAUGCACUCUUGGUUACUCAGGAUAUUUUAAAAAGACUAGAAGAAUGUCCAGAAAUUAAAGGCCCACAGAAGAAGAUUAUCAUGGAAUGUCUUGAGGGUGAAGGAGGACAUGUAGCAUUCCAGAAAAUCCUGGAGAAAAUAAGAGCCGAGAGCCUGGAAGUGCAGACUGUUGUGUCGCUGUUGAGGCUAUACCAGGAUUCUAAUCCUGCAGUAAAAACUGCACUGUCAGACUCACCCUUGGAAGACAAAGCCGCCAUGCCGCCAAAAGGGAGCACAGGGGAGGGAAAGACCUUGUCUGUUCUGUUACUGGAGCACAAAGAGGACCUGAUACAGUGUGUAACACAGCUGAGACCUAUUACGGAGUUCCUGGAAACAGCCAAGGAGGAAUUCCUGCCUGGCACUGAGAAAAGGGUGAUUCUGAAUUGCUGUGAGGGCAGAACAGCCAAAGAAACAAUAGAAACUAUGUUGCACAGAAUAACUGAAGAGAAGACCCUGCGAGCGGAGAGUCUCCUGAAACUCCUCCAGGCUGUGGAGAUGGCAUUCCCAAACCUGGGCCUUCUGCUGGAGAAUUUACAGAAAUUAGCCACCUUGCCUAGCACCGCAGUCCAGCCAAGCCCUGAUGAUUAUGGGACUGAGCUAUUGCAACGUUAUCAUGAAAACCUCUCUGAGAUUUUCACAGACAAGGACAAGUUGCUAAAGAUGAUCUCACGCGCGAAGAGUGUGGCCCCUGGGGAAAGAGAAGUCAUGGAGAAGCUUGUGAAACAGAGCUCUGGCUCAGGUGGUUUCAGUUCCCUGCUGUCAGCAGUUCUAGAAGAGCAGACUCUCUCUGCAACAGCCAUUUGGCAGCUGCUUCUGGCAGCUCAGGAGACAAAGGUCUGCCCCUUGAAUCUGCUCGUGGAUAAAAUACGAAAGGAGCCUCGUGCUGCUGCUUUCUUCCAGGCAGUGACCACCCCAGAAACUGCUGCCUUCGAAAUAGUCCUGAGGCAUACCAAGUUGAUCGUAGAGGCCAUCCAGCAGUGGGGUGAGCUCAAGUCCUUUUCCUCAGAGGAAGAGCAGCUGGCCAGGAGUUUGAAAGAGAUUUUGAGCAUUUCUUCUGAGACAACCAGCCCUGAAGCUUCCCUGAGAGCAGUGCUGAGCAGAACCAUGGAAAAAUCAGUCUCAGCCAUUGAAAUCUGUCACCUCCUGUGCAGUGUCCACAAAUCUUUCCCAAGCCUACAGCCCGUCAUGCAGGAGUUGGCACAAAUUGGUUUCUUUACUAAGGAAAAUGGAGAGAGCGAAGUGUGGAAGGUGAGUAAUAAAUUUCACCUUGAAGCCAAAGACAAAGAAAAUGAAAAGGCUGCGGAAAAUGACUGCCAGCCUGCAGAACAGAAUGGCCAGGGAGAGGCUGGUUCCUUGCCAGAACAACAAGAGAAAGACGCGUCUGCCUCCCCAGACUCUGCCAAGAAGAGCUUCGUCUGUAAGGCCUGUGACAAGAGCUUCCAUUUCUACUGCCGCCUGAAGGUGCACAUGAAGCGCUGCCGGGUGGCCAAGAGCAAACAGGUGCAAUGUAAGGACUGCAGUGAGACCAAGGAUUCCAGGAAGGACCUGGAGCAGCACCAGCUGGAGGCCCAUGGUGCCAGUGGAGACCCCGAAGCCCCCAAGAAGAAGAAGAAGAGGCUCCCAGUGACAUGCGACCUUUGUGGAAGAGAAUUCGCCCAUGCCUCAGGCAUGCAGUACCAUAAACUGACAGAGCACUUUGAUGAGAAGCCUUUCUCCUGUGAGGAGUGUGGGGCCAAGUUCGCAGCCAACUCCACCCUGAAGAACCACCUCCGCCUGCACACUGGGGACCGCCCCUUCAUGUGCAAGCACUGCCUCAUGACCUUCACCCAAGCCUCUGCCCUGGCCUACCACACCAAGAAGAAGCACUCGGAAGGAAAAAUGUAUGCAUGCCAAUACUGUGAUGCUGUGUUUGCCCAGUCCAUCGAGCUGUCUCGCCACGUGAGGACUCACACCGGGGACAAGCCAUAUGUCUGCAGGGACUGUGGCAAGGGCUUCCGGCAAGCCAAUGGCCUCUCCAUCCACCUGCACACCUUUCACAACAUAGAAGAUCCUUAUGACUGCAAGAAGUGCAGGAUGAGUUUCCCCACUCUGCAGGAUCACCGGAAGCAUAUCCACGAGGUGCAUUCCAAGGAGUACCACCCCUGCCCCACGUGUGGGAAGAUCUUUAGUGCCCCUUCCAUGCUGGAGCGACACAUGGUGACCCAUGUCGGAGGGAAGCCCUUCAGCUGUGGGAUCUGUAACAAGGCUUACCAGCAAUUGUCUGGCUUGUGGUACCACAAUCGAACCCACCACCCAGAUGUAUUUGCAGCCCAGAACCAUCGAUCAUCUAAGUUCUCAUCACUCCAGUGCAGCUCCUGUGAUAAAACCUUUUCCAACACCAUUGAGCACAAGAAGCAUAUCAAAGCAGAACAUGCGGAUCUGAAGUUCCACGAAUGUGAGCAGUGUAAGGAACUCUUCCCCACACCAGCUCUGCUGCAGGUUCACAUCAAGUGCCAGCAUUCAGGGUCCCAGCCAUUCAGGUGCUUGUACUGUGCAGCUACUUUCCGCUUCCCUGGAGCCCUGCAGCACCACGUCACCACGGAGCACUUCAAGCAGUCGGAGAGCACCUUCCCCUGCGAGCUCUGUGGGGAGCUCUUCACCUCCCAGGCUCAGCUGGAUGGCCACCUGGAGUCUGAGCACCCAAAAGUGACAAGCACUGAAACCCAGGCAGCCACCUCCCAGAUGGUGCAGGUGAUCCAGACUUCAGAGCCAGCAGCCCCAGCCGAGCAGGUGAUCACCCUGGAGGAGACCCAGCUUGCCGGCUCACAGGUGUUUGUGACUUUGCCAGACUCUCAGGCUUCUCAGACCAGCUCUGAACUAGUGGCGGUGACUGUGGAGGAUCUGCUGGAUGGCACUGUGACCCUGAUCUGUGGGGAGGCCAAAUGAACGCACCAAAAGAGGGACCCUGUGUUUGCUUUAGAGCAGAAGCUCGGAAACCUGUCCUUUGCCCUUCCCUGCUGACCCGAGUGGUGAGCAUCUUAAUUUAGCACCAACCCAAACGGUCUCACUCGAAGGACAAACAGAAGCUCCGUCGUCCUCACUCCCAGUCUGCAUCAUGGAUGCCAACACUCUGUCCUCUGUAACCAACGUGCACCUCGCAGGCUGUCAUUCAGACCUCUUGCCACUGCCUUGGAAAUAACCUGGAAGAGCAGUGGGAUGGGAGGGACGUCAGGGAAGGGCAAACGCCAGCAGCUCUCGGAGGACAGAAAGGAAGUCAGGUGGGGACAGACCUACCCGUGCCUCUGGCCAUUUAAAAAUGGGAGAGACGCACAGCAGAUCCCGCAGGGACUGGACCUGAAGCACACUCGCCCUCCCUCCCUUGUCCUCCCUCCCCCUCUGGUCAGCUCCAUCUACUUCGUGUGCCUGUGUUCACAUUAGGGUGGCAGCGGGACAGGUGGCAGGGUUACCAAUGCCCUCAUUUCUAUGCUGGGUCCCACCUGGUCUGUAGCAAUCAGCUCUCCGGAAAGUCUUUGGUGUGUCUCUCCUGGGAGUGUUUCGUGGGAGGCCAUCCAGCAGCAGACAGUUCCUGCCUUCUAGAAUGCUCUUCCUAGCAUUCCCUGAAAGGUGUGUCUGGGGCCCUUCCACGUUCUUAUCCUCUCCCUCUACCCUGAAGGUCUUGCUCGCUGGCUCCCUCUGGAGUUGAUGAUGUUGCUAAUGAACCUGCAGCAGGCAGGCCACCCUCUGCCGCACACCCAGCAGUGCUGCCCCUGGCUCUGCUCCUGCCGCCAGUGCGCGCGCUUUGUGCUUGGCCAGCUCUCGAGCGCUCCCAGCCUGCGUGCUUACUGAAGGUCAAUGAUCCUUCUGAGCCUGAAUUUCACAAAGCCUUUUAUCUUUAGUUCCGAAAAUAUAAUCUGGUAAUUAAUGGUUUGUAGAAUCCAUUAUGAAGUGCAAUUAGAUGGAUGUUGAUUCCUGUCGUUUAGAGAGAACAACUAGCGUUUAUUUUUUCCUUGAGGCUCAAAGAUUGGAGUAGCCUAGUGGAGUGUUACACAGCAUGCAGGACCGCCUGCCACGUAGUGUGGCUUGACCCCUUGUAGAGAGGGUGCCAGUUGGACCAUUCACCCUCCAGCAACGCGCUGGCAGAGAGGAGCCCACCCCUUUUCCAUGGCUGUGUGCAGGGGCACAUGGGGUUGAGUCUGGCUAUAGGUGGGACUUGUAUUGCUGCACCAGGCACACAGGCAGGUGGGGCACAGCUAAAAGGACUAACGUAGAGCCCUAGCUCUGACUGGUAUUUUCAGGGGCUGGCUGUCUUCCUUGGCACUGGCUUUGUGCAGGCAAUCCUGGCAACAGUGAGUUCCAGCCUAGGUCAGCUUGCCCCAGCCUGCUGCUUCCGCCUCCAGCUGAGCUUGUUAGUUCUGGGAUCUUCCCAUCCCAAAGGGUAAGGGAAGUCUUUAAAGAGAGGCAGCCUCAGAAGCCAAACACUGACCAGAAGAUGGUGCUCAAGCCUUAAGACUUCGCCUCCCUGGGCAGCCGUCACUGUUUCUACCAAGGCUUUCCCCGGUCCCCAUGGCUGGCAGACCAAGGAGCUCUUGGUCUGCAAGUGGCACAGACUGCUCUUGGCACCAGAUGGAACCUCUCUGAAAGACGGUAGAGUGGCACAGGCUGCCAGGCCUUGGUGCCAAGCCAAGCAGGUCAGAGUGCAGGGCCUCACAAGCUGUAGGAUGGUGGGAAUUACACUGAGUGGCACCAAAACGUCUGCCUGCCAAAACGCAAGACAGUAUCAUGUCAAGUGCUGAGGGCUUAUAGCGGCAAGUAAGUGAUUUCAUUUUAAGUCUUCUGAAUAAAAAGUGCUGUAAAUUUUAAACCUUAGUGUCAGAUCCUUUCCAGCACUGAGAAACCUUUUCUCAGGUUUCGAUGGGACCCAAAUGGUGGCCAGCGACUCUCUUCAGGAUCACUGGACUCCUCGCUCACUGUGCUGAGAGCAGCCGAGUGAGAUCAAGCUGCCAGGCCCCGGAUGCACUCAUCCCCUGCCCGGCAGGAGGCACGGCCCGGCACAGCCCAGCACCACCGCGUGGGCCUCCUUACUGGCUGCCUGUGAUUUCACAGUGCUACUCUCUGGAGAAGAUGUGGAUUUUAUUGAAGAAAGACUUUUUCAGCUCUCCCUGUUGUGCCCAAGAGACUUGUAAAGUGCUGCCAGGGGGACACGGCUAGCGGGUCUCUUUUGUCCACACCGUUUGAUUUCACCGUGGCACUGACGCUCCCUUUAGCUCAUUCAGUGCUACUUGCAUAGGUUGGAGGAGUCUCCUGGCUUCUUGGAAUGUGUGGAUUUGUUCAGGGGACCCCCGGGCUUCCCCUGCUCCCAAAGCUGAAGAUCAAGCUGAUGCAGUGGGAAAGACAAAAGUGCAAAGUGGAGUCUACCUGUGGGAUGGUGGGGUUGGGGAGCGGGAUUGCCCUGCACAGGGAAGUGGGAGUGCAGAUCUGUGGUACAAGAACAGGGCUUCCCUCGGUGGGCAAGACUGCUGGUCUGCAGAUCGGGACCAGAAGAGCCGCAAGAGAGCAAGAGCCAAGGUCCCAAUCUUUCCUGAUUUUUUUGGAUGAAGGCUGCCUCUUCUGCCUCACGGCUCUGCAUCUGGGAAGCUGACCACUGGGGCACCUCAGCCGAAUCUCUUGGGCCAGAGCUGUGACACUCAGGGCUGAUGGAUGCAGUGAGUUGCAGAUGGUGGGUAGAGGAGACAGGGUCUCUGUUCGCUACUCCUGAGCCCAGACAGAUCCUCAGAGUCAGGGAAGGCUGACGGAGGCCCUGCGAGUUCCUUCUCACCGCAGGGACUCAAAACAUACUGGAGGUGUGGCAGAGGGUGGAGGACACUCCUAGCCUUAGCAGGAGCACGCAGGUGGGUCCAGGGGGCAAGCAGCUGUCCUGUUCAGCUGGAACCAGAGGGGUGGACAGUGACAGGGAAGAGGUUAGAAUACUUUAAGCUUCCCAGAAAGAAGGUUCAGUAGCUUGGCCCGGAGUACCCCAGAAUACUUGGGAGAUAGGAGGAAAACGGGAAUAAAAGAAAGACAGGGCUGAAAGGAGUGUCAGGGCAAGUUGGUUUGUUGCCAUAGAAACCAUGGCUGGCAGGACUCUGACCAACAACUCAGCAGCACAGCUGGAACUACUUGGAAAGAAGGUGUCUGUACUUUGGGGACUGCAGUGUUGAGGAAAAAAGUCAUUCCUUGAGCUGUUGAGACUGCGUCCGACCUGGGGAGAUGCUCGAGUUUCCUUUAGCAAGGCCCGUCACACCUGUUUCCACUGUAGGCGAGGAUGCCCCGUGUGUUGCAGGAUAAGGCGAGUUACAUGCUGUCACUCGUGUUUAGCACGUGUUAAUCACAGAGUGAAAUGUGUACGUGGAGAGGAGGACGCGCCUGUGCUGCAGGUGGCCGUGGUGCUGGGUAGCUGUCAGGUGGACACAGGCCUGAGGGGCCUGGGUUCCUUGGGGCUGCUGUGUGCCUUUGAGUUAGCGUGGCCCAGGCGAAAACACGUAUCUUGGAGCUGCAUUUCCUGAAGCUUCUUUCCAGGGGGCAAGUGGAGCGCAGUGUUUGAGAGCACAGGCUUUGGUGUCCCUCCUGGUAAAUCCCUGCAUGCAGCUGUGUGAUCUUGGUCAGUGUGCUUUGAGUUUCCUCCUCCUGGCUCUCAGCAAAUGGCUUGACGUCAUAAAGUGCAGGACAGAUUGCAGGACAGAGUUCAAUGGUUUAGUGUAAAAAUUUUAGUUGUUAAUAAACUUUUUUACAGACAAGUCAA